GGGACGUGGCUCGGCGCCGCCAUCUUGUGGGGCUGCCCGCGGGGACGCGGAGCGCGGAGGGACCGAGCGCCCGGCCCAGCGCCGCCGCCGCCGCCGCCGCCGCCAUGGUGCUGUUGGCAGCAGCCGUCUGCACAAAGGCGGGGAAGGCCAUUGUCUCCCGGCAGUUCGUGGAGAUGACGCGGACCCGCAUCGAGGGGCUGCUGGCGGCUUUCCCGAAGCUGAUGAACACAGGGAAGCAGCACACUUUUGUGGAAACGGAGAGCGUGCGGUACGUCUAUCAGCCGAUGGAGAAGCUCUACAUGGUGCUGAUCACCACCAAGAACAGCAACAUCCUGGAAGACCUCGAAACACUCCGACUCUUCUCUAGAGUGAUCCCUGAAUAUUGCCGAGCCCUGGAGGAGAAUGAGAUCUCUGAACACUGCUUCGACCUGAUCUUUGCCUUUGAUGAAAUCGUUGCCCUGGGCUACCGUGAGAAUGUAAAUCUGGCACAGAUUCGGACCUUCACGGAGAUGGACUCACAUGAAGAAAAGGUGUUCCGAGCAGUCCGAGAGACUCAGGAACGCGAGGCGAAAGCUGAGAUGCGCCGCAAAGCGAAGGAAUUGCAGCAGGCUAGGAGGGACGCGGAGAGACAAGGCAAAAAGGCACCCGGUUUCGGUGGCUUUGGUAGCUCGGCCGUGUCUGGGGGCACAACGGCAGCAAUGAUCACGGAGACCAUCAUUGAGACGGAGAAGCCCAAAGUGGCACCAGCGCCUGCCAGGCCUUCAGGUCCCAGUAAAGCCCUGAAACUUGGCGCUAAGGGGAAGGAGGUGGACAACUUCGUGGACAAGCUGAAAUCGGAAGGAGAAAAUAUCAUGACCUCUGUCGGCAAACGCUCUACGGAAGCAGCCAAAGUUCUCGCUCCUCCUGUUAACAUGGAGAGCGUGCACAUGAAAAUAGAGGAGAAAAUUUCCUUGACUUGUGGCCGUGAUGGAGGGUUGCAGAACAUGGAGCUGCAUGGCAUGAUCAUGCUGCACAUUUCCGAUGAAAAGUUUGCACGGAUUCGCCUGCAUGUUGAAAAUGAAGACAAGAGGGGAGUGCAGCUACAGACUCACCCCAAUGUGGACAAGAAGCUCUUCACUGCAGAGUCGCAGAUUGGCUUGAAGAACCCCGAGAAGUCAUUCCCUAUUAACAGCGACGUGGGUGUGCUGAAGUGGAGGUUGCAGACCACAGAAGAGUCCUUCAUUCCACUGACAAUUAACUGCUGGCCGUCAGAAAGCGGGAACAGCUGCGAUGUUAACAUUGAAUACGAGUUGCAAGAGGAGAGCCUAGAGCUGAACGACGUGAUCAUCACCAUCCCCUUGCCGUCUGGUGUCGGCGCCCCGGUGAUCGGGGAGAUCGAUGGCGAGUAUCGCCACGACAGCCGAAGGAAUCUCCUCGAGUGGUGCCUGCCAGUGAUAGAUGCCAAAAACAAGAGCGGCAGCCUGGAGUUCAGCAUAGCAGGGCAGCCGAACGACUUCUUCCCAGUGCAAGUCUCCUUCGUCUCCAAAAAGAAUUACUGCAACAUACAGGUUACCAAAGUGACCCAGGUAGACGGGAACAGCCCUGUAAGGUUUUCUACUGAAACCACCUUCCUGGUGGACAAAUACGAAAUCCUGUAAUGCCAGCUGUGGAAAAUCACAAAGGAAGAGAUUUUUAAAUUUAAAAAAAAAAAAAAAAAAAAAAAAAAAAAAGAGAGAGAGGCCGAAGUUUCUUCUGAAUGUUGGGAACGCCGCAGCCCCCCUUUCUGCUAAGACGUGUGGCUCUGUGUGCAGCAUUCCGGGGUCACAGACAUUUUUGGCAGAGAAUUGACAUGCUCGUGGGGGAAAGGCCACAAAUUUUUUUGGCAGACUUUUACCGGCCGGCAGAAAAAAACCGAGAUCUCCGCAGAGAACCUGGCUUUGACAUGUCCCCUUCUCCCCUGAAGACGACCGGAGCUCAGUCCCAGAGCCUACCAGACACGGUUCGCUUCCUUUCUGAAGCGUCACAUGCUGUUCCGUUCUUGGUGCUGCCCUUUGAAUCUCUCCUCUGCCUUCAAGUCUCGUUGCUGUAGAAGAAAGCGGGCGCUAAGAUAACGUGUGCGGGGGGCACCUUGCUUCUCUGGACCCUUCCGUCUGGUAGAGAUGGAGCAAGGUGGCCUGGGUUCCAAAGGCGGGGAGGGCCCGGGGCGGGACAGGGACUCAGGGCUUGGGUCCUCUUGCCCCACACGGCCGCUGCCUUCUCCAGCCCCGGGGUACAGCGGUGGCCUGGGCUCGCCUCUGCGGCUCGGAGAGGGCUGCGGGGCAGCACCGGCUGCGGCUCCGGGUGCUGGGGCUGCUGCUGCUGCUGAAGGGGGGAGAGGGUCCCAAGGGACUGUCCCACACCCCGGCCCGCUGUCUGCUGCAGCUGCUCUUGGGCCGGGCUUUGGAGGCGCUUCCAUUAGGUUAGAACCAGCUGUGUGUCCUUGUUGGGGCCCUUUCAGUGUCUUGGGAGCAUGAAGGCUGGGCCUGCCUCCUGUGAGCGGCCGUGGAGGCUGGCUUACUCGGCCUGUUUGUCAGGACCUGGCCUCAACGCGCGCUCUUUCUCAGUGCUUGCGGGUGGAGGAGGAGGAGGAAAUGCUGGCGUUCAGAACGCAGAGGGGCUGAUCCGAGUCCGAGCAGCACCCCAGGGUGGUAUCUGCAGCCCCAGAGCCGUCCCUGCUCCUGCCGCCUCGCAGGCAAUGUUUGCCUCAUCUCACAUGUCUGUGCUCCCCUCAACUCAUCUCACCUGCCCGAGUCGGGGCCCUGCGGUGGCUCAAAGCUCCCCUGGCCGCCAGCGAGCGCUGGGGGGGAGCUCACCCGCUGCAGCCGUAGGACCCGAGCACGCGGACGGAAAGCAAAUCCCCUAAAAGCACGUGUGCUGUGCUCCCAAGAGCGCCUGGCGUAGAGUGUCUCUGUUCCCCUGGGGCCUUCUGCCAAAGAAGUUCGUGGUCUCUCCUCCGUCAGCGGCUCCCGAGAGAAAAUCAGCCCUCCCCCGUGUCCCGGGAGGGCGGGAGAGCAACCCUGGUCCCUAGCGAAGUAGGCGACGAACCCCGUUAACUCGGUCCUGUGCCAGAGUGGCUUGUCUGUAUGAUUUUAAAAUGGAGUCGAGGUUAGUUUGAGCAUCGCGGGGGCUUUGUUUUGGGUUUUGUUUGUUUGUUUUGUUUUUUUUUUCCCUUAAAUUCGUUGGAGGGUAAUAUUUAAACCGAGCUGAGAUUUCCACCCCCCCCAUCCCUUUUUGUAACCCUGUACGAUACUGGCCUAGGGAAUAGAGCACAUUCCAGUGUACACAGAGAAUACCAAGUCUUUAAUCAAAUAAAGAGUAUUGUCAAAGGA